CUUUCCUUCUCCGCCGGUAACCUUGCAAGCUAUCCAAUUCACCAAUGUAAAGCCAUUGAGACCCAAAAGAACCCCUUUUAUCUCAGCUUCAUCUACUACAGUUUCAGCCCCAACAAGGGGAAAAGACCCCAAAAACCGUGUUGUUAUAACUGGCAUCAAUCUGACUCCACCUCCACCUUCUAUUAUGAGUAGUGCGGCCUUGGAAAGGUGUAAAAAGCGUAUUGAACUUAUUGCAAACACUCUACAAUUAGAAGGAUUUUCGCGUAUUGAUGCAUUUGUUCAUGCUGACACUGGCGAGGUACUGAUUAUCGAAGUGAAUACAGUUCCAGGAAUGACUCCUUCCACCGUCUUGAUUCAUCAGGCACUUUCAGAGCAACCUCCCUUGUAUCCGCAACAGUUCUUCCGCACGUUGCUUGAUCUGGCAUCAGAGAGAUCUACGUGAAUAUAAUUAUAUCAGAAGAUUUCAGGUUGUUCAUUUCUCUCUUAUUAUCUGUUGUCCAUCCAUCGUUUUCCUUCCUAUGUUGUAUGUUAAUUCAAGACUCUUUGUAAAAAUGUUGCCGAUUUUGUGAUUGCAC